CAUGCAACAUCUUGAUGUAAUCAAUAAGUUAAACACGUGUCAUCUUUAAACUAAGGAUAUAUCUAAAAGUUGAUAAGAAUAUAUAUAUACAUGUCUCAGCCUAGACGACAUUGACAGAAGAAUAACAACAUUCUCCUUUUUUUCGGUUUUGGUUCAUUAAAUAGAACAUUGAUAACAUGUAAAAUAGCAAAAUAAGAAAAAGAAACAGAUUCGGAUAGGAACAGUCUUUUCUAACAUUUUAAAUUUACUUCCAGUGCUAAGGUUGUGAAUUUACGUCCAGUGUUGAUGGUGUGACAGUGUCGAUAAAAUAUUGCACUGCAACAUUAUAAAUUACUUUAACAUAACAGCCAAAAAAAGUUAUCAUUUGACAUUUGUUGAUAUUUGCAUGUGUGUUUGCAUUUAUGAGAGAGAAAUUAUGUUUACGUCCAUAUUAACUAACUUACGUAUUUUAGAAUUUUGAAAAAGAUUUUUUUUUGUAUUUGAUUUUGCAUAAUAUUUCUGUAUAUUUUUUUUUUUAAUUCAAGCAUAUCUUAUAUUUCAUCUGUUGCGAGUAAUUUUUAAGAUACUUUAAUUUCUUCGAUAUUUUUAAGGGAAUAUUCUAGCAAUGAUGACCAGAUUUUAGAUCUACAGAAAUUGUACUAAAACGUGAUAUCUAAGCAAGCAAUUACAUUUGCAUUAAAGUAGUCACCACCGACCAGUACUUAAAACAUAAUACCAACUAUGACACAUUUUUAGAUAUAAUGACUAAGAUCACAAAAUCAUCUUUUUUUCUUACAGUUUUUGUUGUUUCAUUAAUAUGGUUUUCAAUCACAUUAAUGAUACUUAUGUUUCACGAAGAUCAUAUUCACAGACAAUACUUAAGGGACAAUUUAAAAAUUCAAGAAUCACUAGAAUCAAGAGACCAUUUCAAACUUGUUCACAAAAAACAACCUCUACAAGCUAUUGUAAAUCCUGAAGUAAGAAAACCAUUAUUGAAAACACCCAAAAUCAAGUCAGCACAAAAGAAUAAAGUUCCUUCUCGUUUUCUACGCCAACAACUUCAACCCCCAAAACAAAAAUUUGAUAGCCAACGAACAAGCAAUAAAUCUUUAGAAAGGGAGCAUGUGGAUGCCGACUUAAAAUUAAGAAAGACAACAUUAAAGGACAACAAUGUUAAUAAGAGCCAAAACGUGUAUGUAAUCCCAGAUAGUGAAUGGAAAAGAUUACAACAUUUAGACAUCAUUGCUUCGAUGGAUGCACCAGGAGAGAUGGGUAGUGCUGUUCGAGUUAACGUCAGUAAACUAGCGCCAGAUCAGAAGACACAGUAUGAUAAGUUGUACAAACUAAAUGGAUUUAAUCAGUAUGUAAGUGAUAUGAUUUCAUAUCACAGGAGACUUGCAGAUAUUAGAAAUCCAGCAUGUAAAGCAAAAAUUUAUCCUAAAGAUCUCCCUAACACAAGUGUUAUAAUUUGUCUCCAUAACGAGGCUUGGUCGGUUUUACUACGUACUGUCCACAGUAUUUUGGACCGGUCACCACCACAUCUUAUACAUGAAAUCAUUCUGGUAGACGACUUUUCAGAUUUAGCACAUUUGAAGAAACCAUUGGAUGAUUAUAUGGAAACACUGAAAAAAGUAAAAGUAUUACACACGAAUAAACGAGAAGGCUUGGUACGAGCAAGACUACUAGGGUAUUCUAUAACUACAGGAGAUACUCUCACAUUUCUUGAUUCUCAUGUUGAAUGCUUUCCAGGUUGGUUAGAACCAUUGUUAGACAGAGUACAAACAGAUCCUACUAUUGCAGUAGCUCCCCUUAUUCCUGUCAUUAGCAGUGACAGCUUCAGUAGUCAAAAAUCUGUGGCUUCUCUUGUAGCAGUAGGGGGAUUUGAUAUUGAAAAGAUGUCAUUUAAUUGGAAUAAUAUACCCCGAACGCAAAUGCAACAGCGACACUUCGAGGCUGAUCCACAGAAAUCACCAACGAUAGCAGGUGGUUUAUUUACUAUCUCCAGAUAUUUCUUUACAAAAAUAGGAACGUACGAUGAAGGCAUGAAUAUCUGGGGAGGGGAAAAUUUAGAAAUAUCAUUCCGGAUUUGGAUGUGUGGUGGUAGCCUAGAAAUUCACCCUUGUUCGGCUGUAGCUCAUAUAUUUAGAGCAGUUAGUCCUUACAAAUGGGGUUCGACGCCAAUUGUUGAGACGUUACGGCAUAAUUCUGUUCGGGUUGCGGAAGUGUGGAUGGAUGAUUAUAAAGACUAUUACUAUGAAACUCUGAACUUCAAUUUGGGAAACUACGGUGACAUAUCCUCAAGAAAAGAAUUGAGAAAAAAAUUGAACUGUCACAGUUUUGAAUGGUAUGUGAAGAAUGUUUAUCCUUCAAUAAAACUGCCGCAGAGAGCUCUUUUUGUUGGGGAGCUGAAGAGUUUUCUAGUAUCUGCUGUUUGUAUGGAUUCCAUGGGUGCUGGACACAGUGCGACUAUAGAAGUCCAAGGACAACCUUGUCAUGGAUUUGGCGGAAAUCAGUUCUUUAGAUUAACACCUGAUGGCAAGAUAGAAAGAAAUAGUGCGUGUCUUGAUUUUAAUUCCAAAAAUAAAACGCUUCAUUUCAUUCGUUGUAAUGGAGGAUCAUCUCAAAUGUGGCAAUAUACAAAGGACCAACAAAUUAAACUACAGUUAUGGGAUCUUUGUCUGGAACUUACAUCAAACAGACGUACACUUGCAAUGAAAAAUUGUGAAGCGAUUCCAAAGCAACAAUGGACGUGGACCAAGAAGUACAUGAAAAAAUAGAAAAUAUCAAUGCCAUAAAUUAAAUAAAGGCCAAACAACUACUUAA